CACUACGACGCUUGGCCGACCUACCGAGCAGCCGGCUGCCAAGACAAGUGCAUGGACUAUAGCAUGAUGAAGUACAUCUACUACGAUUGCGUACAACACUGCUACGUGGAGAACGGCUUCGACAGCGGCAUCAGUCCCACGACCACAGAGACGUUACGUCUAGCGUUCGCCAUGAGCAUGCUAGCCGACGGGGCCAUCAACGACGCCGAAGCGGCGGCGGAGGCCAACCGCUACCAUAGGGUCACAGCCAAGGACCUCCGCCACUCCUUAGACGACGACAAGAAUCGGUACUGCGAGCACUACGC